CUUACGCCAGUAUUAUAUGUAUCUGGUAUUCUGAUAUAGCUACAUUUAACCUUUCCAGACAUAUCCAAGAUUACUUGCCCAAUGCGGUUAUCACAAGGGUUAACCAAAAGCCGUCGACCGCUAGCUUCGAACAAAGCAAAUGCAUUCCAGUUAUGCUCACGAUUAAAAGCGAAAUGCGCCUUUGCAAGGCAGCGGGCGCUCACGGCGCCUAAACGCAUCGACGGCAUCGAUGGCGACCAGCAACAUCCCUGUCCCCAGAUGCUGCAACGCCUGGCCUCAACUAUUAACGCUGCGAUGUUGUCUAUGGUUCUGACGGGAAGCGCCUGCUGUUUGACGCCUUCCGCGCUUGCAAGCAACGUGCGCCUUGCGGAUGUGGAGAGCCCCGAGCUACGCGCUGGCAUAGAAGCGGCCACCAACGGAGAUUUCGCAGUAGCUGAAACGGUGUUCGCUCGCAUGCUGUCGGAGGAUCCCUCCCUGGCGUCAGUGUGGUCCAAUCUAGGCAACGUGCACAUGUCGCAGGGCCGACCCGAGCAGGCACUCCAGGACUACUCCCGGGCCGUACAACUGGCGCCGUACGCCCCAGUGCCGUACCUCAACCGCGCCAUCGCCCUGGAGCAGCUGGGCGUGCUGGCCGCUGCGGCCGCCCGUCCCGAGGAGGCACACGCCUGCUGGCAGCACGCCCUGUCAGACUGCGACACAGCACUUCAACUAGACCCCAAGGAGGCUGCUGCGUGGUUUAACAAGGGGAACGUGCAGCUGCGGUUGCGGGAUUGGGCGGCUGCGGCGGGUUGCUUUGUUGCCGCUGCGGACCUGGCGCCGGGCAUUCCGGGCUACCGGCUGCGAGCGGCGCAGCUGCAGUUCCAGACGGGGGAUGUGGCGGGGGCGGUGCGGAUCACGCAGGGGGUGAUCCGGAAGAACCCCAACUAUGCGGAGGCCCACCUCAGCCUUGCCGCCAUGCGCUGGUCCCAGGG